UUUGUUUCUCGCCAUUCUCGUUACCUACAAUGAUAUGAAACGUGAUGGGAUUUAGUGGGGAGCUACGUGCAGGCAAAUUUCGAGCUUGAUCGUAAGUGAUAUUUGCCAACAUGACAGCCGUGGAAUGGGAUGAAGUUAAGCGUUUAGCUGCAGAUUUUCAAAGAGCUCAAUUAACUUCCACUGUUCAAAGGCUGUCAGAAAGAAACUGCAUUGAAAUUGUCACGAAACUUCUGGACUUGAAACUCCUUGAAGUGGUGUUUACAACAGAUGGAAAGGAAUAUGUUACACCGCAGCAGCUUACUCGAGAAAUUCGAGAUGAACUUUACGUACAUGGAGGUCGUAUCAAUCUUGUGGACCUGGUGAAGUUGCUCAGUGUUGACCUGAAUCAGAUUUCAGCAAGGGCCGCUGAAAUUGAACGAACAGAUCAGAAUUGUUCCUUGGUUCUUGGCCAGUUAAUUGAUAAGACAUAUGUCAGUCGCAUUGCAGAAGAAGUUAAUGAAAGGUUGCUUCAGCAAGGUCAGGUCACAAUUAGUGACCUCACAAGACAAUAUGAUUUGCCUAGCGACUUCUUACAGACGGUGGUUGAGAAACAGCUUGGAAAGACAAUCCAUGGAAAACAAGAUAAGACCGAUCCUCAGGUGUUCUUCACUGAAUCAUAUGUGGCUCGCAAUCAAGCGUGUGUUAGAGGGGCCUUAGCUGCUGCUCUGCGUCCCAUAUCAGUAGCAACAUUACUUAGUCAAUGUGGAGUCGAAGAAAGGCUGUUUUAUUCUAUAAUUGGUAAUCUGAUGGAGACAAAGCAAGUCGCAGGUGUCAUUACAGGGAAGCAGCAAAGCGGAAGCAGUAUGUAUAUUCCUUCCAUAUACUCCAGAUCACAGAAUGAAUGGGUGAACAGUUUCUACAAACAGAAUGGUUACCUAGAAUAUGAUGCUUUAGUAAGAUUGGGUAUCCAGGACCAUCAGCUGUUUGUCCGCAGACACUUCCCAAAUGAGAAGCUUUUGCUGCUACCAACAUGUGCUUUAGGCCCACAGGUACUUGAUCAAGUAGAAGCGGCUGUUGAAGAAGCUGUUGCCACAGGAUCCAUGGUAAAUAUCAUGCCCUUGUUACCAUCAUUUUUUGAACCAGAAGAUGCUAAAGAAAUUCUAACAGAAGUUCUGAAGAACUCCAAAAACAAAUAUACAAGUCAGAAUGUGCACGUAUUUUGUAGUACUGUGGUACUCACAGAGCAGUUUAUUCAGAAACUUACCAAGCCAUUUGAUGCCAUUAUUCAGAAGAAAGCUGAGGAGGUUGUCUCGUCUGGAGCAUAUCUUCUGGCUCAGGCAGAGAGUAAGGUGCAAAACAACAGAGGUCUUGCAGAGCAAGAUGAAUCAAGUACCAAGAGUGAUCGUAGGGAGGAAAGACGUAAAAAGGCCACUGGAGGGAAAGGUGGUGGAGGAACACAGGGUCGGGAAACUAAGACAAAAUCUACAAAAAAGAAAUAUUUGCGUGGGAAAGCAGCAGCUGGAGAUGAUUCAGAUGAGGAGACAGCUUCAAGUGGGAAGACAUCAAAGAGUUCCGUUAAUAAGUUGGAACUCUUGAGCUUUGCAGAGAUCAAAGGUGUGCUAACUGCUGAUGAAUUAUUGCAAGAAGAAGGUGAUGACCUUGCCGAACUCAUAGUAGAAAUUGCAAAUCAUAUCCACCCUUUGCUGAACAUGUCUGGCCUAGUUGCAGCUGAGGUUAUAUUUGAAAGCACCAUGGCCACCACAGCCCAAAAUAGACGCAAAACACACAGUGAACUUCAAGAUAAGUUAAAUGCAAUGUUUACAAAUGUUAGACUCUUUGAGAAAGGAAUUAAACAGUUUAGUGACAAGAAUGUUGAACAACCAUUAGCCAAGUAUCUCAUCAAGACUUUGUGUACAGAAAUGACCAAUGAGAUUUUCUCAUAUGUUGCUCAAGAGAACAUGAUCCAGUAUGAUGAGGCAAAGGAACUGUCACCUGAGGUUAGAAUGAAAAUUCUGAAUGAUCUUCCAAAUGAAAGCAAGGAACCACUCCUCAAAUUACACAAGUCUCUGAACACCAAUUCAGUAGAAGAAGUCCUAAAUUGUGUUGAAGGUGCAUUGGGACCAGGAAUUUGUGACAUGAUUCUCCGUAAGCCUGACAAAAAGAAAGAAAGAUCACAGCUGCUAACACAUCGCCAGGCUUUGUUGGAACAGCUUACUUCUUCAGAGGAUCCAGCUCUAGUUUUGCACCUGGCAUCAUUAGUACUGUUUCAGGCGGUUACACAGACAAUGUUGCAUGCAUCUGGACGAUUUGUUUCUAACAUUUUAACAUACUUACAGUCGCACCUCACUGCUGAAAUUUUCAAAACCAUGCAGCAAUAUCACGACUUAGUGUUGAAGCUGCUGACAUCUGGCGCAGACGAUGAUCAUCGUUCACAUAUUGUGAAUGCACUGCAAGAAGGUAUGCUUGCCAUCAAAGAAAUUGCAACAUCAUUUAAAAAACACUCAUCAACAGAAAAAUCACAACAGCAAUCAGAAUGAAAAAUGUGUAUGAAAUUUUGAAUCUGUACACGUAACAUUCUAUUGCAUAUGAGAUAUUUUUUAAUAAUUUCAUUCUUUGACAAAACGCAAAACUUCGGGGGUGCAUGAGUUUACGUAUAAGCAUGAUUAUGAUCAGUAGUAUGCAGUCUUAUUCUUUUUUCACUUUUCAGACCUCGUUCGAGCCUGAAAUAUUAUGUUCAGCUGCUCGUUUGCUGUUCACAUGGAAUGUAUUUUCCUGUUAAGGUGGCGACUGACUUGUAACAUUU